AUGCAAUUGAUUGAAACAACUUCUUCCUCAUCUUCAAAUUCAUCUUCAAAAUCUGUUUUUGAACGACAACGACGACAUCAUGGUAAAAAGAUUACUCAACAACGAUUUUGUGUAAGUCAAGAAGAUUUAAAUCAAGCUUUAUUACGUAUGCAUACACGUAAAAAACAUCAUUCUAAAGAUAUUUACCAAACACCAUCAGCAUCUGUGGAAAUUACCAAAGCUAGCAGUCAAGAAGAAAAUAGUUUGCCUGUAUCCACAUUAAUUAAAGAAUUUGAACAACUUGGAGGCAAUAUUAACAGUAAAAAGACAACACGUAUUCGAACAACAUUUGUUAGUGCAUUAGAUUUAGUCAGACGAGAUUCGUCUGAUAUUCCUUAUACAAGUGCUGAUCAAACCCGUUCAAGUUCAUUUAGUCAUGAAACAGAUCUAUCAAUGAGUAGUAAACAAGAACCAAAACAGAUGGAUAAGCCAUCGGCAGAAGAAGAAAAUCGUAAUAUUGAUGAUGUUGAACAAAUAUCUCGUCAAAUGUUGUCAAUUGACACAUCAUUAGCUGAAAUAUUAAAUUCUGUCAAUCAAUUGAAUGAAAUAAGUAGAAAUUUUGAGAUACUUGCUGCUGAUAAUUGUAGUCAAACAGUCGAAAAAUAUGUUCCUCUAGAAAUACAUCGUCAAAUAUUCGAUAAUGAUAAUAAUACUAAUAAUAAUGUAUGGUCUAAAAUAAAUGUAUGUAAUAAUAAUUAUAAACAUAUGUCAGAUGUUCAAGAGGUUAUCGCAGUCAAGGAUAAAUCAAUAAUAGAAUCUUCAAUGUCAAAAACAAUAACAACAUCAUCCGUAUGUUCGACUAUUUCUUCUCAUUCUAUUUUAUUACAACCACAACUAGAAACGGUAACACUUUCAUCGUCAUCACCAUCAUUAGUAGCUUUGACAAAUAAUAAUAAUAAUAAAAAUAUAACGACUACGACGACAACAUUGGUGCCUUCAAAUUCUGUUAUAGAGAAAAUAGAAAAUGACGAAGAACAACUAGACAGAAAUAAUAAUAAUGAUAAAAGUAUUGAUAAAAAGAGAAGUGCUUUUUCUAGUACUAGCAGCAGCACUAGUAAUAAUAAACAACAAUUAUUGAAUGACAAGAUAAAUUUUGAUAGUGAUAACGAUAUUUUAACAAUGUUAACAACAAGAAGUACAGAUAUUGAUCAAGUAAUUGCUGCUCAAUCAAAAAUACGAUCAACUCAUCAUCAAAAUGUGAACAAUAAUGAUCAAACAAUUCUUCUUAAAGAAUUACUUUUAAAAGAAAAAAAUUUAAAUUAUGCUCUAUCUGAUUUAGUGGCAAUUACAGGAACAAAAAAUGAUGAUAAUCAUAGUACAAUAGAUUUAAAUAAAUUUCGAGAUAAUGAUAUAAUUCGUCGAAGUAAAUCAUUUGAUAAUCAACGAAUACAAACAACAAUACCAAAGAAAAAAAUUCAAGCGAUUUAUGAUGCUGAUGUUUCAUCAUCAAAUUGUUCAACGUCAUCAUUAUCAAUCGCUAUUGAUCGUAAUAAUACAAAUUUAAGUCAAACAUCUUCAAAUGAUUUAUCAACAAGUAUUGCCAUCUUAAAUCAUUUAUUAGAUGAUUUAAAUAUAAAACCGAGUGAUAUAGGUUCGGAAACAUUGUCAAGGAAAUGUUCAAAUCAACAACGGACAAAUUUAUUUAAAUGUGAUGUUAAACCAAUUAAUAUGUUUUGGUGA